GUCAUGGUUUAAAGGUCUCUCUCGUGUUUAUCUUUUGUGAAAUUAUGUUGUCUUUCACAUUUAUGGCAUUUUGGGUGGUGAAACCCCUCCCAAAAUGUCUGUGUCUAUAAAGUCUUUUGUCUUCUUGGACACUGAAGGCACAGGAUUGCCUCAGUUUAACGGUUCGACGAAGAUUGUGGAAAUUUCGCUGGUUGCAUGCUCUGUGGAUCACUUUGUUGCGUCUUCGGACCAGGCAGAAACUCGACUUCCGCGUGUCCAGCACAAACUGACCCUUUGCGUGAACCCCUUCAAGAGGAUUUGUGAUGAAUCGACGAAGAUUACCGGACUGGACAAUUACGAUGUUGAGCAUGAGAGCAAAUUUGGCAUUCGGGAACUGGAGAUGAUCAAGAGCUUUGUAGAGCGCCUGCAGCAACCAGUGUGUCUGGUGGCUCACAAUGGGUAUGAGUACGAUUAUCCGCUGCUUAGGAAGGAAUUUAUGAAGCACAAAGUUGCUGUUCCGGAUGGGCUUCUCUGUGCUGAUUCCUUGGAAAUUUUCAGGAAAAUCGAUGCAGCACGCGAUAGAGAAAGACUUGAGGAGGAAGAGCUCGCGGAGUUCAUUGAAAAUGAACUCAAAGAGAUGGAGAAAGUGGCGGAAGCAGAAGAAAGAACAACACAGUUAAGUGGAUGCUUGAGGAUUCACAAGGAGCCGGCAGAUGGUGAGAGUCCUUAUGAGAUAAUCUGCAAUCUGGACAUCAGUGUGAUGCAGAAGAAGAAUGAAACCACGCCCAAGCGAGCAGGAGUUGCAAGUUCUCCUCCUCGGAUGAUAAGACAAAGACAGGCGAGAUCUUCCCAAGGAACGUCUCGGGAUGCGAGGGAAGAUGAAGUUCCGCGGGCCAGGAAGCAGCUCUUCCCACAGAAGAGGAAAUACCGCCUGUGCGACAUUUAUGCGCGUUUCUUUGGGGCGAAUCCGGAAGACGCUCAUGGAGCGGAAUCAGACUGUUACAUUUUAAUGAAGUGCGCUCUCAAAGAGGCUCGAGACUUCCUCGCCACUGCCCAGGUUCAUUCCAGACCCUUUGAGGAAAUUUCCAUAGAAAAAUGUAUUUUUUAAUAGAGUCUUUUGCAUGAUUUUCCAAGAAAAUAAAUUUUGUGGUAUUUAUGGUCGUGUGUCUUAGCUAGAGCUUGUCAAGUGCUGAUCAGCAGU